AUGGAAGUGCAAGAUGUGAUGACUUUAAUCGGUAAGCCCAAAAUUGAGGUCAUCGAGUGGAUGCAAAGGGACGGACUUUUGUCAAGGGAAAUGUGGUGCCACCAGCACGAACAUGCAAUUGCAAUGAGGUUGAGAAGGGAUGCUGGAAGAAAUGAUAAUUAUGCAUGGAGAUGUGGCACUUGCCGAAGACGGAGGUCUAUCAGGGAAGGCUCAUUUUUUGAGCUUUUCCGAAGAAUAGAACUGGGGCACCUGUUGGCUUUACUCGUGUUUUGGAGCUUGGAGGUGAAACAGGUCACCUCAUCACGGCUUCUGGGAGUCAGCAAGAGAAGCGUGUUGGAAGUGUACAACCACCUUUCGUCUAUUUGCAGUGAUGAUCUGGACCGACGCCCAUUGAUCCCUUUUGGUGGUCCAGUAUCUAUCCUGCAAAUAGACGAGAGCAAGUUCUGCGGAAAGAGGAAGUAUAAUAGAGGAAGGCUGCCUCGCAGAGACAACUGGGUUUUUGGUAUCGUGGAUACCAGCUACUCACCUGCGCGGGGAUAUUUCCAGGUUGUCCAGCGACGAAAUAGGGCGACGUUGCUACCAAUUAUAAGACGAUCAAUUUUACCAGGGAGCGUCGUGCAUAGCGAUGACUGGGGCGCCUACACGAGGCUCCAAGCUUUAGAGCCAAAUGUUGCUGAGCAUCAGGUUGUGGUUCAUCGUUACAACUUUGUUGAGCCACUAACUGGUGCUCACACCCAACAUAUAGAGGCCUGCUGGAGCCGUUUGAAGCUCAAGAUCAAAGAGAGGAAGGGAGUAUGCCACUUCCUAUUACAGGAUUUCCUGAACGAACAGGCGUGGCGGGACUGGCGUGGCAAUGGCAACGUUUUCACAAGCUUUAAACAAUUGCUGCUUGAAAGAUUCCAGGUGUAA